AUGAGCGGCCGUGGGGCUGAGCACCCUGCACCGACCGAGCUGGAGGAGAUCACCAGCAGAAUCUCCGAUCUGAGCAAAUGGAGAGAAAUCUUUAAUUUCCGUGGCUUGGAAAUCAACAGCACAACUCAUCAGGGGCUGCAGCAGCUCCUCUUCAGGAACACAACCUCCCUGUUCGGCUGGGAGUGGGCAGCAGCAAACUUCAGCUUCCACCCAGCACACUCCAACCUGGCCUACGCGCUGCAGGCAGGAAAGGGAGGAACCAGAGCCAUCCUGGCGGCCGUACAAGCACACAUCAUCACAUACCUGCUCUUCACAAGAGACACAGAACGCACUCACCUGGAAAGGCUGUGCCGGGUCGGGCGCCGGGAGCAGGGGCAGGCGCUGGCCACGGCCCUGGCAGAGACCCUGUGGGCAGCAGGAGGAGGGGACAGAGCUGUCGUGUGCCUCGUCACUGCCCCUGUCACCGCCACGCCACCUGAGGGGUUCAGAGCCAGCAGCUUCACUGAGAAAAUCCGGCUGUUCGAGUUCUCAGAGAAAGCUGCUGCUCAGGAGUUCAUCUCUGAUCACAUCAAUUGUUUCGAAGGCGAAGGAAACCACGGAGUGAUCCUAUUUUUAUUCAGUUUACUUUUCUCUAGGACACUUGAAAGGGUCCAGGAGGAUUUGGGUGACACAGCUCCUCUGCUGAACGCCAGCUCUGGAAAUGUCACCUGUACAGAGGCCGUGCUCAGCCUGCUGCUGACCGGACGGGCGAGCCCGCGGGGGCUCGGUGGCCACCGGGAGCCCGGCGCUGGCCGGGGGGAGGCGGCGGGGCCGGGACAGCGCGGACCGGUGGGAUUCCUGCGCUGGGAGCGGGCACCGGGACAGCGACAGGUCAGGGGGACACAGGGCCAGCGGGACACACGGACAGCCGGGCUGGCUGUCCCCCUGCAGUGUCCCCCUGCGCAGGUGAGCCCCGCGCUGCGCUCGCCCCGGGUGCCCGUGUGGCUCUGCAGCCUCUCGGGCAGGCACGGCGUGCUCUUCGGCACCGACUGCCGGCUGCUCUCCGACUGGAAAUCCGAGAGACUCUUCCAGCUGUACUUCUGCAGCGGGCAGCAGGAGCGGACCCGAACUGCACACCUGACCGUAGACACUCAUUCUCAUCACUGGGAAGAGGCUCCAAGAGAAGGCCCCUGCAGCCCGGGGCAGAGGCGCCCGGCCCUGGAGAUGGCAAUCAGGACCAGGUGGGCAGGGGCCACCGUCAGCUGGAACGGGACAGACCCCUUCUUCUGAGGGGACAGCAGGAUGGACCCCAGCUCCGGGAGGGGACUGGCACCUACCACACACGACAGCUGGACACUGCAGGAGGACAAAAAUGUCCCUGCAGUCAAGCAGCCUUUGG